CACACACAGACAGUUACACACACACAGACACACACACAUACACACACGCAGACACACGCAGACACACACACACGUGUACAUAACACCAAGGACAGGACCAUGGGGUUGAUGGAUAGGACACCUGGUUACACGACAUGGAACCUGCUGGGGUUUUUGCUAGCGCUGGUGUGGCAGCACCCGACCGUCGUGAGCAUGUCGUUCUGCUCGUGCGUCGGCGUCGUCACUUCGUUCCACUUGGGCCUGCUCAUGGACCCGACUGCGCUGGACAGACUGAUCACGAAGAACGACCUUCCCAGGGGAUGGAGGUUCCACUUUUACAACUCGCUGGCCCACGUCGUGCCCGUCUUUGUGCUGCUUGCGGUGGUGUGGAUGAAGCAGGUGCCCGUCUUGCUGCACCAUGGGCUCUGGGUGUCCGUUGUGCACAUUGGCUGGGGCAUCCUGGUAUCCGGCGGGUCGCUUUCCCUUGACCACGUGUACGCGUACAUGCCAGUAUCAGCCUGGUACGGCAUGUGGGUGACAGCCGUCUUAUCUGAAGCAGUGCUCGUCCCUUACUUCUUCUAGCACCAAGCGCCUGCCAGUGUGUGUGUGUGUGUGUGUGUGUGUGUGUG